GAAGAGAGGAAAAGGGCUCGCCUCGUGAGAUCUGUCAAGUUCAGACAGACCAGCAAACCCAGUGGACCCAGUGCUGCAUCGCACCAUCUCUCCUAUCUACCAAACAUACCGCGCCCGCUUCUGUGUAGCCGUCUGUGGGGUUGCGGCCAAGUCAGGACCAAUCUGCAGACUUUGCUGCCGCAUUUGAAGAAGAGUCACUUACCCCAAAGUUUCCGGAAAUACAGCGCAGAGGGCAUCUGUGUGAGGAUGGCUGCGUACAAGCUGGUACUGAUCCGCCAUGGAGAGAGCUGCUGGAACCAGGAGAACCGCUUCUGCGGAUGGUUCGACGCGGACCUGAGUGAGACCGGGGAACAGGAGGCGAAGAGAGGAGGACAGGCUUUGAAAGACGCUGGCUAUGAAUUCGAUAUUUGUUACACCUCUGUCCUGAAGAGGGCCAUCCGCACCCUGUGGCAUGUUCUGGAUGGCAUCGACCAGAUGUGGCUGCCCGUCCACCGGACCUGGCGCCUCAAUGAGCGCCACUACGGUGGCCUGACCGGGCUGAACAAGGCUGAAACAGCAGCUAAACAUGGAGAGGCCCAGGUCAAGAUCUGGAGACGCUCUUUUGACACCCCACCCCCACCCAUGGAUGAGGGGCAUGACUUCUAUCAGACCAUAAGCAAGGACCGGCGUUAUGCCGACCUGACAGAGGAUCAGCUUCCAACCUGUGAGAGCCUCAAGGACACCAUUGCCAGGGCACUGCCUUUCUGGAACGAAGAGAUUGUUCCACAGAUCAAAGAGGGAAAGAGGGUGCUGAUUGCCGCCCAUGGCAACAGUCUCCGUGGCAUCGUCAAGCAUCUUGAGGGUAUGUCAGAGGAGGCCAUCAUGGAGCUGAACCUGCCCACAGGCAUCCCCAUUGUGUACGAGCUGGACAAAAACCUGAAGCCUUUAGGACCCAUGCAGUUCCUGGGAGACGAGGAGACCGUAAAGAAGGCCAUGGCAGCUGUGGCUGCUCAGGGCAAGGCCAAGUAAUAGACUCCUCUAGAGUACAGAUCAAUCAUGUGCUGUUCAGUUAUCAAGUUAAAGCAAAGUCAUUUACUGUUAGUGUCAUCACAGACUUGCACACACUCACACACACAUUGUGCACUUUAUUUUAUUAAGAUGCAGCUACCACACAAAUAUACAAUCUAGUGUUUGAUUUGAUUGGUCUAUAUUUUGUGACAUACCAAGGUAUUGAAACAUAGAUUUCAUUAUUAGACAAUGGAUAUCAACUGUAAUAUGAUUUAUGCACUGACCAAAUUGCAAAUUAGGGACCAGCGAAUAGGUGCAAACUUACUGACUUUGCAGAUUCACCCCAAGUAUUCCAAUUUACAAUCUGUGUAGUUCAAACUGAGUGGGAACAGAAUAACCUAGGAAGUAACACUGGGCAAGUUGAUAUGCUCUACACUGCUGAAUUUUGUUUGCUGUGGUGUUGUGAGAAAAAGAAUAAAUGUUGUGAGCCAUUAUGUGAUGAAAUCUGU